GAGCGGCCAGAGCGGCGGCGCCCAAGAUGGAGGCGGCCGGGGAGGCCGAGCGGGCGGAGGCGCCGAGCCAUAGGCACCCUCAGCCCAUCGCCGAGAUGCUGGACGUGCCCUUCCUGCCCUUCUGUGCCUUCCUGUGCUGCCUGGGCAUCGUGUGCGUGGCCUUUGUGGGCGCCUGGUGCCAGCACUGGCGAGGGGGCUUCGCCUGGGACGGCAGCGCCCACAUGUUCAACUGGCACCCGCUGCUGAUGGUGACGGGGCUGGUGGUGCUGUACGGCGCGGCCGCGCUGGUUUACCGGCUGCCCUGGGGGCGGCGCGGCGGCAGGCUGCUGUGGAAGGCUGUGCACGGCGCGCUGGCGCUGGGGGCGCUGGCGCUGGCGGUGCUGGGGCUGGUGGCCGUGUUCCGCUUCCACGCCGCCCGCGGGACGCCCGACGCGUACUCGCUGCACAGCUGGCUGGGGCUGGCCACCGUGCUCCUCUUCUGCUGCCAGUGGCUGGCCGGCUUCAGCGCCUUCCUGCUGCCCUGGGCUCCCGCCUGGCUCCGUGCCCUCUACAAGCCCGUCCACCUCUUCUUUGGCUCCACCAUCCUCCUGCUGGCUGUGGCCUCCUGCGUGUCAGGCAUCAACGAGAAGCUUUUCCUCAGCCUGAAGAACGGGACGACGGAGUACAAGCUGCUGCCCGCCGAGGCCGUGUUUGCCAACGUGCUGGGGCUGCUGCUGCUCCUCUUCGGGGUGCUGGUGCUGGGGGCCCUGGCCAGGCCGAGCUGGAAGCGCCCCGACGCCGCCUCCCCGGACUCGUGCCAGCCGCUGCUGGGCGCCGAGCGCUGAGGCCGAGCCGCUGCUCCCCGCCCCCGGCGCUUCUCCUCCCUCCCCCUGCUCUGCUCGCCGCCCGUCGACGCUCAGCGCAGGGACGGCCUCGGCUCCUCGCCGCGGUGAGGAUGUUUGGUUUUUGCCUCCUUUCGGGGCCUGGGGAGGAGGGCAGCUACGGUGGGAUGCUCCUGCCUGCAGCCUCCUGCAGCCUCCACUGCCAGCCCCCAGCCUCUCCUGCCAGGACCACUCGCCCUCCCUGGGCUCUCAGCAGGAGCUGUCAGAGCCUCCUUGGGUCAGAAGCCACCACAAAAGCCUUCAAGUGCCUUGGAGUGCUGCUUCCCCCCAGCCCUGGGACCAGCUCCUGUGCCAGGGCCUCAGGACAGAAAGGGACCCCCCACACUGUGCCUUCCCCCUGCGGGUGGGGGACGAGCCGAGCAGCCCCCCCAGAGCCCUCAUGGACAUGGAAUAAAGCUCUGGGCUUCUGCA